AUGCCGAGCGUUAGUGGCGCUUCGGCGGGAAUGCCGAGCGUCGGCGGCGCUUCGGCCGGAAUGCCGAGCAUCGGCGGCGCUUCGGCGGAAAGGCUGAGCGUCGGCGGCGCUUCGGCAGGAAGGCUGAGCGCCAACAGCGCUUCGGCAGGAAUGCCGAGCGUCAGCGGCACUUCGGCAGGAAUGCCGAGCGUCAGUGGCGCUUCGGGGGAAGGCCGAGAGUCAGCGGCGCUGGAAACGGCGCGACGGCGGCGGGGAAUCGUCGGGAAACUCCGGGGGGGCCUGUGA